AUGGACGCGUGUGUCCGAGGCUGUUCGCGGCAAAGCCUCUACGAACUGGAGGAGCUGGCAAAACGCCUGCCUAGAAAUGUUCUGCACAUCUUCGAGUUCCGGCAUAGCUCCUGGUACGGUGCCCACCGGGACGACGUGGUAAAUCUGUUGCGUAGGUGGGGCCUUUGCUUGGCCUGGAUCCACAUCCAAAACUCGGAUGGUUGGUGUGGCGAUCUUGAAGACGGCUGGCCAAGCCUGGCUCGCACUUGUAACUCUGCAUAUUUGAGGCUUUUUGGUACCAAACAGAAGGCGAUCGGCCGGUAUGGCGAGGAGAUGAUCCGGGAAACUAUCCUGCCCAUGGUGCAAGGCCCUGGUGCUCCUACUGAUUCCUUUGUCGUUUUUGCACAAGCCGACGUGCCGGAUCAUGCAAAAGCAGAUGCGGCCUUCAUGGUAGAGCUCCUGGGCCGAAACGACUCACAGCCGGGCAGAAGCGCACGAUGGGAUCGUGACGUCCUCGUGGCAACCCUUGGACUCGGUGUUGGCAUGCAGGUGACUGGCGUGGUUCAGCGCAUCACGCACCGUACGGUCUUUGUCGACAUUGGCCGCUCUUGCCGAGCUUUUCUUGAUGCCAACCAUGCACGUCGGGCAGGCUUACUCGAAAGCUUGCGCAUCGGCACGCAUAUAGAGGGCCUCGAAGUCCAGCAUUUGGACUUCCAAGGAGAGUGGGGCAUCGUCGGCCUCUCAUGUCACAAAGCGUUCGUCAGCUUGGGGGCUGCAGAGGAGGAAGUCCGGGCGUCGGCCCCAGCCGAAGCGGAGAUCGAGGAUCCCAACCAAACGGCCAAACGGAGCCGAUGGUUGCGGCAAGGCACCGGUGACUCUUCGGAUGCGUUCUGCAGUGAAGCCGGUGCCAGCCCUGCCGCCGUCGCAGUAGCAGCCCUGGCAGAGGAGGCUGAGCAUGCACCUCGUCAGCGCCAACGUUGGGCGCAUCGGACUUUCGAAGGACUGGCUGAAAUUGGCAAGACCUCCGGAAGUCGCCAUGUGGUGCAGACACCCGUGGAGGAGCUUGAAGAGCAGGCUCGCUUGAAACGGGUGGCAGCCAGGGCAAAGCGGGACGAGCGCACAAGCCGCUGGGCACGCGCCCUCGUCGAGAAGGCGAUCGACCAACAGCAGGUCGCAGAGGCCAAGAAGAAGAUCGAGUCUAAGGCUAAGGCGGCCUCUCAGCGAACCUCUGCGAAGCGCAGCCGCAGCGAAGGCCCUGCGCCACGCACGCGGCGAGAGGUGGCACUAGCUGAGCGCAGCCGUGCCGAGACAAAGAAGGCACAGGAGGAAACCAUGAGUCGGGCCGAGCGCCGCAAGGGUGCAGGCAAGGAGUCAGAUGAGGUCCCUGGCGACUGGACACCCAAUCUCUGGUCAUCGGGGCAGGUGCUGCCCGGCGAACCUGGGAAUGGCCCGAUGGCGGUCAGCACCGAUGAGUUCCUGCUGAUGCAGCUAGAGCAGCGCGAGGGAGAAGAAACGCAAUGCGACGAGAAGAACUUCGAGACGUUUGGUGAAGUUUCGUACCAGCAAGGUGAUUGGAAUGCUGAAGAGAUGUUCAGGAGCGAGCGUGUGGUGACAAGGAAGAGGGUCUGGAGGGCUGGCGCGUUGCCCUCACCACUCGAGCCGGGAGCCAUCAAAGUGGGGCGAAACAAGAUGGGCGCUUUAGCCUCCACAUCUCCACUUAGCCACACCCACGCAAGCUACCCACAUCCAGUGGAUGACGAGGCUGAAGACGAUGCAGAGCAGGCGGAGAGCGUUGCCGAGGAGGCCGUUAUGCUUGCCGGUGUCCCUGACCAGGACUCGCAAGAAGUGACGGCCGAAGAGCACGUUGAGGACGAGGAAGAGGACUGGCAGGUUCUGCAGUCAAUGCGAGAGGAGUUGGAGGAAGCUUGGGAGGACGAACUGGAGCAUGAGGGCCUGGACUCGGAUUACCACCCAUUGCCAUCGGCUGCAAAGGCACCCCUGGCCAGCUUCCAAGCCUGGGUGCCACGAUUGCGCGUCGGCUCCAGCUCGUCCUGGGCCGAUGCGACGGACGAAAUUCAGGAGUCCGAGGUGGCGGAGGACAGCAGAGAUGCUCCCAAGGGCAACGACGAUACGCAGGAGGCUACUGGAGAAGAAGAUGAGCCCUGCGACGAAGAAGAGGGUGUCGAAGAGGCCCCUCUCGACCUGCCGGAUCGGCGCGGAACUUUGUCAGAGUCUCCGUCGGCAGACGAAGCGUGCCAGUCUGCGCCCGUGCCACAAAAGGCGCAUUCAGAGCACGGCCUCACCAAAAGCAUCACUGACAAGGAUGACGGGCUCCGCCGAGGCUGGAGAGGUCGAAGCAAGCAGGAGAUUCUCAGCGCAAGCCUCGAGGAUAGCCGACCAGAAGCAGCAGAUGAAAGCAGUGAGGACGAGACGAUCCUUGCCACCCAGCUGCUGGCAGAAGCCGAGGCUUCCGACGCAAAUCCGGAUCGUGCUCGCCAUACCGCUCGCUGCGUGCUGUGCGGCAUGGCCUACUCUCUGAAUCUGGGCUGUGACACUGUGGUCUGGUCAGGAUUCGAGCAUCGCAAGCGCACGUUUCUGACUAAAUGUGACAAAUCCAGUGCCGGCGAGAUCGACGAAAAGGCGCGAGAGGUGUGUGCGGAGUUGAACCUCCGGCCGGCCUUUUUCACGACUUCGAGUUGUGCUGGUCGUGCCUUCAUUUGGCGAGGAGAUGGUGUAAAGAGCACUGAGUGCUUCAGCCGAUGGAGGGUUACACAUGACCUCGUGGAGGAUGCAAGCGCAUAUUUCGAUUUGAGCACGCUGGAGGAGCUCGGAAGCAUGUUGCCUGGCACCUCCGACCUGAGUGUGUGUGGCUGCUUUGCUGCUUUGUCCAGACUCUGGCGCGCAGAGCCCCUUGGGCAAGGUCGCAGGCAUCAGCAACCACAGCGAGCAGAGCUGGCGGAGGCGAAGCUGAGUGAGGCUGAGGCCUGCUAUUGGCUCCGUUUCGAACCCUUCAUCCUCCAUGUGUGCUGUCGUGAUCUCGUAGCGGCCGCUGCUCUCAUGGCUGCUGCCCGGACUGUCUUCAAGAAUGUGGGAUUACAGGGCUGGGGCGAUUCCAAGGAGGCCAAGCUGAUUGUCGCUAUUUGGGGAGAUGAGGGCCUAGACAUGCCUCUCACAGGACCUACCGGUCUUCCCUUGUUCCGGGGGCAGCACGCAUGGCUCCAAAGCUUGGUUAACAGCCGACACCUGCGCAACUGGCAGAAAAUUGAUCGCUUCACGGAAGCACUUCGACAGAUGCAGGAUCCCCCGCCAUCCGCAGAGCUUUGUAUCCCAGAAACCUCCGAGGAGAAGGAGACCAAGCAUUUCGACGUGGUGGGUGAUAUCGCCGUGGUGAAUGUGAAGCCGAAAGAUGAGGAUGUCGCGACGAUGGGUGCAGCUAUUCUAAAGCAGGACCGUCGGGUAAAGGUUGUGGCACUCAAGCGGAGCUACGCCACGGAGCUGCGAGCCCCGUCUCAGGCCAUGGAUGUCAUUGCUGGGCGGUCAAGAUCUCCUCUGAUGACGACUCAUAUGGAGUUUGGUGUUCGGAUGGUCAUUGACUUGGACGCCUGCUUUUUCUCUCCGCGGCUGGCCAGCGAGCGACAACGACUCUGCCAAGCAGUGCAACCAGACGAACGAGUUCUUGUGGCUUUUGCCGGCUGCGGCCCUGAGGUUCUCCAGCUUCUUUCGCACACAGAAGCCAAAGAAGUUGUGGCUGUGGAGCUGAACGCAGCCGCUGUGCGAUGCCUCCGGCGCAGCCUGGAGAUGAUGCAGUUUUCCAGCUCAGAUGGCACAGACUACGGCCGAGUGUCCGUCUUCGAAGGUGACUUGCGAGAGCUCGCACGUACACUGCCGCAGCAGCACUAUCACAGAAUCUUGGCGCCCAGGCCCAAGAAUCCUGGAGAUGGUGAUGUUGAUUUGGGAGAUGGAGGAGCAGAAUUCCUCGAUGUUCUUCUGCCUCUGCUGCAAGACAAGGGUGUAUGCCAGUCUCUAGCCAGAUCUGCAUUCGCCCCGGGCACCUUCAAAGUGUUGGGUUUUAUGAGACAAGUAAAGCCCUCAUUACCGUUCGCAGAGAUCGCGGCCCUAGGCGAACUCGGUGACGACUUCUGUUGCGAAGAUCUUGGAAGACGCUGUGGCCAGGAGGACGAGGAUGAGGAGGAGAACAACUUGGAUGAGGCGGAGGAGCACAUUGCUGGCGAGGAGGAAGCAGACGAAGAGACAGAGGAGGAAGUCUUCGUUGCUGUUUGCGAAGCAUGCGGCGCUACGCACAUCACCAAAAUCGACUUCAUCGGCUUGGGCCUGGACUUCAACUGCAGCAUGAUGGGCGUUCCGUGCGAAGGUGAAGAGAUCUCCAUUCCCAAUGCUUCUGCAAGCUCCAGUUCUGGGCCGGUUCUCCCCCCACGAUCACAACUUCAUCAGCUCUCCGGCGAAGAGAAGAGGGACUUGUUUGCCAGGUAUGCAGUGCAGAGGCAGGAGGAAAAGAUGUCCAAGAAGACGAAGAACCUCUUUGCAGGGGUGCGUCAACUUGCGGAUCGCAAAGGCCAACAGGAAAGGUUCCGGGACGACAAAGUGGUGACUCGCAAGGGGGAGCGUUUCAUCAAGGUCGACAUUUCGCUGGAUCCUGGCCCGGGCUGCGAGAUCGGAGGCAUCCUUGGCUGGCGAUCGAAGCAAGGACGACGUGGUUUAGGCAUCAAGAAGAUGACAAAGGAAGAGGCGGACAGAGUCUGCAUCAGCAACAAGAACAGAACUCACACGAAGAAGUCUUCUGGCGUUGGUGGGAAGAGCAUCGUGUUCGAGAACAAGUGGUCAAAGCACACUGCCGGUUCGAUGCAAG